CCCACUAUUUCCCUCAACCAGCUGAGAUGUAAUGUUAGUUACAUCAAUCAAAUUCAUUAUGAUCCCUAGGGAGAUUUAAAUUAAUAAUAAGGUCAAUGGUCUUAAUUCACAUCCUCAAGAACAAAGUCACAUCUUUCCCUAUCAAUUCAGCCAUCUUCAUCUUGCUACCGGCCGGAGAGAAAUCCUGAUAGAAAGUACCGAAGUGGUAGCUCGUGAGAGUUUUCUCUGCAAAUUAAAGAAAAGAUGACCCCUGAAUUAUCACUUCUUGUCUCUGGAGCGCAGCCAAUCCUACAAGGUUUGAUCUCUGUUGCAACCCAAGAAAUGGGUCUAGCGUGGGGUGUCAAGGGAGAAUUGAAAAAGCUGCAGACUACCUUGACCACCAUCCAAGGUGUGCUACAGGAUGCUGAGAAUCAGCAAGAAAAGAAAAUGGCAGUGAAAGACUGGCUGAGGAGGCUCAAGAGUGUGGCUUAUGAUGCAGAUGAUGUGUUCGAUGAAUUCAAAUAUGAAGCUUUGAGACGUAAAAUGGAGAUCCAGAACCGAUUGAUGGGGGGAAAGGUACGCAACUUCUUCUCACACUCCAACCCAUUUGCGUUUCGUCUUAAAAUGGCACAUUUGCUUAAGGACAUCAAUGAAGUGUUGGAUGAUAUCAGAAAGGAUGCAAUUGGCUUCAACCUUAGAGUGGAGUCAUCAGUUGAAUCCACAUCCAUGAUGAACAAAGAGGAUCGGCAAACCUUCUCUAUUAUAGACGAUUUGGAAGUAGUUGGAAGGGUAGAUGAUAAAUUAAAACUACUGGAAAUGCUUGUCAACACUAACGAUGAUCAAAUCGUUUCGGUCAUCCCCAUAGUAGGAAUGGGGGGAAUUGGGAAGACCACUCUUGCUCAAUUUGUCUUCAAUGAUCCCUUGAUUGUGAAGCAUUUUGAUUUAAGAACGUGGGUAUGUGUGUCCGAACAAUUUCAAGUCGGAAGUUCUAAAAGAAAUCAUAGAAUCAGCUGGAGAUAAAUCCGAUGCAUCAAACUUGGAUGUACUAGCACGUAACCUCCAAGAGAAGUUGAUGGGUAAACGGUUUUUGCUUGUACUGGAUGAUGUCUAGAGUGAAGAUCGUGAAAAAUGGGAUGACUUGAUAAAGCCCUUGAAAUCUGGCAGUGUAGGUAGCAAAAUUAUUGUGACUACACGUAGCAAUAAUGUGGCAAAGAUGAUGACCCCAAAUUACACUCGUCACUUGGGAAUAUUAUCAGAACAAGAUUGUUGGUGUUUGUUGAGUCGAAGAGCAUUUAGUAAUGGAGGGCCACUAGAAACCCCAAACCUAGUAGAAAUUGGAAGGACAAUUGUAAACAAGUGUGGCGGAGUGCCUUUAGCAGUGAAGGUCUUAGGAAGCAUAAUGCACUCCAAAAUAGAAUAGCAUGACUGGUCGUCUUUGGAGCAAGGUGAAAUUUGGAAUUUUGCUUCAAGAUAACAGUAGAGGGAUAAUGCCCGUAUUAAAGUUGAGUUAUGAUCAUCUACCAUCACAUUUGAAAUAUUGUUUUGCAUAUUGUUCAGUACUCCCUAAGGAUUAUACAUUUAUUAGGAAACAGUUGAUACAAUUAUGGAUGGCAGAGGGAUUCCUUCAACAACCCAAAGGAAGAAAACAUAUGGAGGAUGUUGGCAAUGAAUAUUUCAAUAUCUUAUUGUGGAAUUCUCUCUUUAAGAUUGUGAAGAAAGAUGAAUAUGCAGAAAUAGUGACAUGCAAGAUGCAUGAUCUUGUAUAUGAUCUUGCACAAUUUGUUGGAAAGCUCGACCAUUUGUCUAUGGAAGCUAAUAAUGUAGAAGACAUUUCUGCAGUUCGUGGCUUCUCAAUUUUUUUGGAUCAUGAGGGAACAUUUGAUAUCCUAGAAGCCUUGAAAAAAGCGAAGAAAUUACGGACACUAUUCAUUUCAUCAAGCUUGGUCUCAAGUGAUAUGUUGAUGAACUUCAAGAGCUUACGUGCAUUGGAUCUAAGUAGAUGCGAGAUGAAGGGAUUACCUUCUUCAUUAAGUGAAUUGAAACAUUUAAGGUACCUUGACCUCUCAAAUAAUCCGAUUGAAAUCUUGCCUGAGUCUAUUACUAGCCUCUACAAUUUACAGACACUAAAACUCCACAAAUGCAGAUAUCUUCUAGGGCUUCCAAAGGAAAUGAGAAAGAUGAUAAGUUUGAGAGAUAUUGAACUUAACAAGUGUGACAAGUGCACUCAGAUGCCAAUUGACAUGGGAAGAUUGACUAAUCUACGAACAUUAACAAGAUUUAUUGUAGGCAAAGAUCUAGGACGCAGUAUAAAACAGUUGAAGUGCUUGAAUCUCCGAGGAGAACUGACCAUAUGUGAUUUGGAGAAUGUAACAAGUGGAAUAGAAUCCAGGGAGGCAAAUCUGAGAGGGAAGCAAGAUAUUCAUUUUUUACAAUUAUUGUGGGGUGGGCAUGACAAUGAAAGUGAUAGUGGGAAAUUGGAUGAUGUGUUAGAAGCACUGGAACCUCAUCCAAACUUGAAAAGUUUGUUGAUUGAAAAUUUUGGUGGAUUAAAAGUUCCGACAUGGAUGUCAAAUGGUUUGUCACCAUUCAAAAAUUUGAUUCAACUCAGACUCCAACAGUGCCCUAGAUGGGAAUACAACCCAACUCUUGGUGAGCUACCCUUUCUAAGGGUUCUUUACUUAAGUAGAAUGAAAAAUAUGAAAUAUCUAGGUCGGGAAUUCUACUAUAGCAACAGCAGUGGAUCAACUUCUUCAAGUACUGUCGCAUUUCCAUCGCUGGAGGAACUGACACUAUGGGAGAUGCGUAAUUUGGUUGAAUGGUUGGAAGUAUUGCCUUCCUUUCCAUCUCUUGAGCAGUUGUUUGUCCGGUCAUGCCCUGAGCUCAAAAUCACACCAAGUCGAUUCCCAUCCCUUAAAAAGAUUGUGGUUUUCGGACACAAAUAAGAUGGCACUAACGUCAUUGUGAAGCAACCUUUUCUCUCUCAAAAAACUUCAAAUUCUUGAGUGUCAAGACCUCAAGUCUGUGCCGGAGAGGUUGUUACAAAAUAAUGCUGGUGCUCUUGAGGAAAUAUCGAUUUUUGAUUGCCGUGAGUUUGACACAAUUUUUCCAAGUGAAGGACUAGAGGGAUCCCCCCUGCCCCUAGUCUUUCUAUCUCUUAAAUUCUUGACAAUAGGCAGAUGUCCUCUUGUAAAGUCUUUGCUAGCCUUACAAGGAAUGACUUCUCUUCAACACUUGGCAUUGCUUGACUUUGAAGAAUUGCAGUCACUACCAGAGGGUUUGCAGCGGCUCUCUAUGCUUGAGAAGUUAUCCAUUGGCCGGUUUUCAAAGGGGCUGCAAUAUAUACAAGGGGAAGAAGAUCUCCAACAUCUUGUCUCUCUUACAGACCUACAACUUGUUGGCUGGCCUCGGCACAAGAAUUUCCAAAACCAACUUAAGCACCUCACAAAUUUAAGAGAUGUGAGGAUGAUACGUGGAUGGUUUGAUGUGGUAUGUUGAUCUAUUGGUUCACUUCACUUGGAGAGUUGGGCGAUUGGUGUUCCCUGCUUCUUCUUUUUUCACUCAAUGGAAUCUCAAGAAAAAAUGAUUGAAACUUCUGACAAACUUUAAUUCCACAAAUCCAGUGAGAUUCCAAAACACUGUCCAGGUGGAGGAAAAAGAGAAAUAAUCAAGUUGGCAAAAGGAGUUGAAAUCUUUGCGAUAAUGGAGGGAUGGAUUCGAGCUAAAAGUCUUAGCUUCAAUAUCAUGGAGAAUAUCACAUUGCUACAGAGAAUUGAACCAAGUAGCUGAUUGACUGGCUAAGAAAAGCGUCUCCUUGCAUGGUUCUUAUAUAUGGACUUCUAGUCUGAGAUUUGCUUGUGUGGAUGUAACUUGGGAUCAACAAGAAAAACUUAAUACAGAUUUGAAGGAUGAUGUUUGGGCCUGGUUGUUAAGUUUGAGGUUUGAUCAGUGAGAUGGGUGUGAAAUGUUUCUCUCGUUUCCAA